CACACAUGUGAGUGUCUGAGUGAGCGAGCACGGACUUGUGCUCCUCAUCCCUGGUUCUACUAGCAGUGCCCUUUUGACAGCGCGCGGGAGGAAAAUGGCUUCUUGCUUGUCACUGCUUCUACUGCUCGGGUUUUGCGUCGCGGGCCCGGCUUUUGCCAAGAUCCGUGUCCCUAUAGGUGCGGUUCUGCUGAAGGGCCAGGAAGAAAUUGGCCAGGCUCUUCGCUAUGCCUUUCGAAGAUUCGAGUCUCAGCAUUUUGAGCCGCAUCUCGUCACGGACGUCAUGGACGAAAUGGACUACGUCGAACUCAGCUCCAGAGUGUGUCAACUCCUCCACCGCGGCAUCGUAACUCUGGUGUCACCUCCGGAUUCCUUGUUUGCGCAUCGUGCUCUGGUGUCCUACUCCAACACCUUUCACGUGCCAUUGGUGAGCGGAGCGGCUUUGGAGUCUAGAAACGAGUCUCCGUUUGUAGUGAGCGUACAGCCCUACUCGGUGGCCGCCGCAACUAGUCUUCUGGAACACUUCCAGUGGCCAUCCUUCCUCUACCUGUACGAUUCGGACGAAGGCUUGAAGAACCUGCACAGGAUCCAAGACGGAUCGCUGACGAAGAACUUUCAGGCGGAAAGAGUACGGAACGCAGCAGAAGCAGCAGCAUUCCUUUCCAAACUGGGUCUCAAAGACUCAGAGGGUGUCCGUUACGUUGUCCUGGACACGUCGCAGGGACUGGCCCAUGCGGUCGUCAAUAAGCAGGUCAAGGAGACCAUGAGCUUCACUGAGCUUCAUACUCACUUCAUUCUACUCAGACCUGUAACUGACGACUUCUGGCAUUUCCGAAGGCCGGGUCUAGGAUCCGUAAACGUAACGGCGCUCGGAUUAGUCGAUCCGGAUUUUCCACCGGCGAGAGAGUUCCACAAAGUCAUGCGGAAGAGCAGCCCACACAAGAAAGUUUCUUUGGACGCGUACCUUUACCACGAUGCCGCCAUUGUUCUGCUGUCUUCCUUCGCUAACUUACUGGAACGCAAUCCGUCCGCAUUUGAAGGAAGCUUGGAAGGAGAUCACAUCACGUUUAACGGAUCACGUGGCAUCGAGUGCUACACACGGCCAGCGACAACAUUUCGAGAAGGGCUACGAGUAUCAGAAUCUCUGAAGCGAGUACAUACGCCCGAGGGCCUAACGGGUAAUCUCCAGUUCAACGAGUAUGGUGAAAGAGUCGGCGUUGUCUUCCAAGUAAUCAGCAGUACGUCAGGAGGAAGGCAUAAGAUCGGCACCUGGUCUGACAAGUACGGUCUGUUGAUCAUUCAAGAACCCCAGGCCUUAGCACAGCUUUCAACCGAAGAGGGGAAAUCUGCCGAGGGUUUGGAGCCAGGAAAGAAAUUUGUUGUCACUAGCAUCUUGACCGCACCAUACUUGACGCUCAAAGAAGGCACCGAUGACGAAUACUACGGAUACGUCGCUGACUUGGUUAAGGAACUCUCCAGCGUUCUGGGCUUCGAGUACAAGAUCCGGGUUGUCAAAGACUCUACAUAUGGAAAACUCGAUGCCAACGGAACGUGGAAUGGACUCGUGGGCGAGAUCAUUAACAAGGAAGCAGACUUGGCCGUGGCGGAUCUCACGAUCACUGCAAAACGCAUGGAGGUUGUUGACUUCUCCCUCGCGUUCAUGGUGGACAGCCUUGGAGUUAUUAGCAGCUCCUAUGGCUCCACAUACCAACCGCCACGCUCCUAUUUCUUCUUGAUGGCCUUCUCAAGAGAGCUAUGGUUGGCGAUCCUCUGCGUCCUCGUAGCCUUCACCAUUCUGUCCUUCCUGUUGAACCGCUUGACUGGAGGACCGGAUCGUGUCACGCCUCGCGCCGAAUACCACCAGUCGACACUUUGCGGGAGUUUUUGGUUUUCCACGGGGUCAUUCUUUUUGCAGAGCACUGGAACUUACCCCAGGUCCGCGUCUUCACGAAUCCUCACGUGCUUCUGGUGGUUCUUUGUGCUGCUGGUAGUCGUCAUCUAUCUGUCGCAGAUGACAGUUUUCCUACUGGACAAGUACAUUCAUCUCAAGCCGGACGCUUUCAGCGGUGAAGAGUUGCUGCAGGAAGUUUUAUCCGGUCAGCGGGACGUCAGUGUGCUUCAGUCAGGAUCAACCCACAACUUCAUCGAGUCAUCGCAGGAGCUUUUCUUUCGGAGAUUGAGUCCUCAUCUCACGUUUGUCCCGUCGUCGUCCCAAGGCUUCGAGCGCGUCAAGGACGGCGGUGGUCAUCAUAGCUUCAUCGGCGCAAGCUCAACGCUCUUGGAAUGGACGAAGGAGAACUGCCACGUGGUCCAUCACCGACUGGUCGACGACUACGCCCGCUACGGUAUUGCCUUUAGCAAAGGAUCGCCAUACAGAGAAGCAUUUAGCCGUGCCCUGCAGAAACUCCGCGAGAACGAGUUCCUAUCGCAGCUCAAACACAAGUGGUUGGCACGGCAGGACAGCUGUACUCGGAUCAAAUUUUCCAAGUUAUACACGGGUUCGCUAGCUCUGACGCUGAGAAGCACAUCCGGAAUGUUCUGUAUAGUCCUUACCGGGUUCGUUCUGGCCUUGCUUGUGGGCUGCAUCGAGUUCUGCGUCAGUGCUCGGAGAGAAGCGAGGAAAACUCAGACUCCAGUGCGAGAGGUCAUGUGGUUGAGGGCACAAAGUUCAAUGAAAAGAAAAGGACAGAAAGAAAAAUAUCCGGUCAAUGACGAAGAGCACAGUCUUCAGACGACGACAAACCACGAUUAAAGUCAAGGAGAACCAAAUAGAUAUGCACCUCAAAGUUACUGUCACCAAUCUCCGUUUCUGAUUGUCAGGCUGCCUCGAAGCUAUUCGUUGGCGACACCACAUCUUAGCCAUCAUCAUCAUCGUCAUCAUCAUCAUCAUCAUCAUCACCAUCGGGGAAUGUCUAUCGUCUGCUGUUUAUGGCUGUCAUGAGACUUCAUUUUAUUUUAAUGCGUAUCUUUCUUUUCUCUUUUAAAUAAAACGUUCUUUCGAA